GUCAGAGAUCGCCAAAACGACAGCAUGGCUUCGAGCUUCCCACCUCCGCCGGUCAACACCAUUGACUGGGACGACAUUGGCUUCAAGGUUCGAGAAGUCAACGGCCAUAUCGAAUCCACGUACAACAGGACUUCUGGCAAAUGGAGCACCCCCAAGUUUGUCGAAGAUCCUUUCCUUCGAAUCCAUGGCAUGGCACCAGGUUUGAACUAUGGCCAACAGACCUUCGAAGGUCUUAAAGCCUUCCGCUCACCGGACGACCAAGCCAUUACUCUCUUCCGACCCCGUCAGAAUGCGGAGCGCCAGGCGUACUCCGCUUCGUUCAUUUCAAUCCCAGAGGUACCUGUCGAUCACUGGCUGCACUGUGUCCACCUUGCCGUGUCUCUGAAUGCAGAGUUCGUGCCUCCGCACCGAACGAGCGCGGCUAUGUACGUCCGACCUCUCGUCUUCGGCUCGAAUGCACAACUAGGACUCAAUCCAUGUGAAGAGUACAUGUUCGUCGUCUACGUCAUGCCGACCGGUGUCUACCAUGGCAUCAAUCCCGUUGCAGCGCUCAUUCUUGAGGACUUUGACCGAGCGGCGCCCGACGGCACCGGUUCCGCGAAGGUAGGUGGCAACUACGCCCCCGUACUCCGCUUCAGCCAGCGAGCAUAUGGAGAAGGCUUCGGCAUUACUCUGCACCUCGACAGCAAGACACGCACGGAAAUCGAUGAGUUUUCCACCUCCGCUUUCAUUGGCGUCAAAGGCAAUCCUGAGACGGGCUGCACAUUGGUAGUACCGGACAGCAAGAACGUCAUCAAGUCUGUGACGGGCGACAGUGUGUGUCAGAUCGCUCAGUCAUGGGGUUGGAAAGUGGAGAAGCGGCCGAUCAAGUACGAGGAGUUGCCAGAAUUUGACGAGGUGAUUGCAGCUGGAACCGCGGCGGCCUUGGUGCCGAUCAAGAGUAUCACGAUGAGAAGUCGAAACGACAAGUUCGAGUAUCACAAGGGGAGGAAAGAAGAUGAGCCCGGUCCAGCGAUCGUGAAAUUGUUGGCGCAGCUGAAGGGUAUCCAGCUUGGCAAGGUGAAGGACCAGUGGGGUUGGAACGAGCCGGUGACGAAGUAUGAGGCGGGUAAGGAUUAUGAGGUGGACGCUGUGAAGGAUGGGGUGCCUAAUGGGCAUGUGCCUAAUCAGGUGCCGUGACCCCUCCGAAAGGUCUGAGUCGAUAGCCUCUACCAGUACUGACAAGAACAACCUGGGAUCCAGCGCACAGCAUGGAGUAGUCGACGAACAAGUGUACUCGUUGGCAGAAUAGGAUUAAGACGCCUACAUCCUUACACGGUCCGUAAGAUCGACACCAUCGAUAUCCCAGUAAGAAGGGCGCAAUCGUAGUGUUUAGUAGCAUGCGAGAACCACACUCGGUAGUGGACCAGAAAAUUGUAUCUCUGGUAAGUCACAGGUACUUACCGGCGUGCAGCCACGGCA